AUGGAGUCGGAAUCAUAUGCUGAGGUACCCAUGCUUCCCUCAACUGAUGAAGAUCUUGGCCAAGGAUCAAUUAUCUUUUCGGAAGAGCAGGGGAUAUUUAGAUCUGAAAGCUGGGAAUCUUUCUACUUGGAUGAUGUGCUUAUUGACUCUGGUUUCAUCAAAACUGAUCCUGAUAUGUUGAUGACAAUUUGGCACUCUCCAGAGUGCCCUUUGGGUCCUUGGGUAUUUGACAACCUUGAGAAGAAGUAUUGUGAUGAGACAACUGGGCCGAGAUCUGAAAGGAGGCUACUCUUUGACCGUAUAAAUUCAGCAUUCUUGGAGAUCUAUCAGAGGUUCAUCGACCCCUGCCCAUGGGUGAAGCCAGCAACAAGACAAGUUGGUACAAAAUUGCAGCUACAUGGGGUGAAAGAUGAACUGCAUAAAUUACUGGCAAGCCAAGAAAAGAGAGCGAACGAGGACAUAUCUGAAAUGAUGCUAGACUGGGAGAUGCAAUGGUUAGAUUUCGGAGACAAUAUGAACAUGAUAGGUAAGGACAUCGAGAAAUUGUUGAUAAAUGACCUUAUAACAGAGUUGGUAGUCAUGCAUUACUUUUGA